AUGCUGAGCCGGUCCAGUCGUGAGCUUCAGGUGACCAACUCCGUUAGCCUCUAUGCUAAUGGACGAGCCACCCUGGCCACAGGCCUUUGGGCAUCGCCACCGAUCUCCCCGCGGUUACAAUCGCCCAGGGGUCAGCAUAUGGUGAUGCAGGCCCCGCGUCCGGGCUUGUGGGAACAGCACAGGCUUGCGGCAAUGCAACAGAUGCGCAGGAGCAGUGUCUCUUCCGGGCAGGAACUUCAUCAAGGCGGAGCUCCUCCAGCUGAGUACGUCCUCCACCCACUGGAGUCCUCCGUGAAACGCCUGGAGGACGUCCCGACGCCCACCGAAGUGCCCCCCGUGCGCCUCUCCAUGCGACAGGGCUCCGGCCCUCCCCCACCCGGACUCUCUGCCACGAGCGCCGGACUCGCUCCGAGCGCCGUGGCGCCAGCCGCGGCGCCGGCGCACCGGGCAGAGGUGGCCAGCGCGGCGGCUGGCAGCGAAGGAAGCGUUGGAGCAACGAGAAGUGCGACCGAAAGCGCGGUUUCAGCCGCCAGCAUGGUUCAGGCAUCAAGUGCACCAGCAACCUCAUCGACGGAAGCACCAAUUGUGCCGCCCAAAGCUGCCACUGCACCGGUUGCGCCGGAAGUAACACCAACAGUGCCAGCUGUAGCAAUUGCCCCUCCUGCAACGGGCACAGCAGCAUCUUGGUGA